CACAGCUGAUCACAUGUAAACAGGGAAAUGUCGGUUAUCGGCAUUUCUCUCCUCACGAGCUGUUACGCUGGCAGCUCGAGAAAGUGCCACCUGUCAGUGUCCAUCAGUGCCUUGUGUCAGUGCUGAACAGUGCCACGUGCCAGUGCCCAUCAGUGCCACAUCAAUGCCACAUAUCAGUGCCCAUCUGAGCUGCCUUUCAGUGUCACCCAUCAGUGCCAGUCAGUGCCACCUAUCAAUGCCAAUCAGUGCCACCUAUCAGUGCCAGUCAGUGCCGCCUAUCAGUGCCAGUCAGUGCCGCCUAUCAGUGUGCAUCAGUGCCCGUCAGUGCCACCUUACAGUGCCAAUCAGUGCCGCUUAUCCGUGCUAUAUAUCAGUGUCAUACAGUCAGGUCCAUAAAUAUUGGGACAUCGACACAAUUCUAAAAUUU